AUGUAUGACGCUUUAACUGAAUUAGCUGAUUUAUCUUUAUCACUCCAAGAUAGAUGUUUAAGUCUAUCAGUAGCAAAUGGUUCUAUUGAUCGAACAAUUCGAAUUUUUGAUUCUAUGGCAGAAAACCAUGGACCUAAGUUUAAAGAAGUUAAUGAUGCAUUUGCUAAAUCAGAUAUAGAGUUUAAACAUGUAAAACUAGCAACCAAUAAAUCAAUUCCAAAAAUCAUUCCAUCACAGUUUUUUAGAAGCCUUGCAAAUAAUUUAAGAAGUCGGCAUCAACACAGGCAUCGCAUGUAUCAUCAGUAA